AUGGACAUCGAUGCGCCCGCUUCGCCGACGGAGCAGCAGGCCCAGCCCGCGCCCGAGGCCGCUGCCACUCUGACAGCGAGCCGAGCAACUGCAGUCCGAAGUAUUGAAGGCUGGAUCAUUGUGGUUACGAAUGUCCACGAAGAGGCGAGCGAAGAGGAUUUGCAAGAUGUCUUUGGCGAAUACGGCGAGAUUAAGAACCUCCACAUGAACCUGGACCGCCGGACAGGCUAUGUUAAGGGCUAUAUCCUUAUCGAAUACCCUACUCUAAAUGAGGCGCGCGCGGCCAUCGAUGGUGCGAACGGCACCAAGCUGCUUGAUCAGACUAUCGGCGUUGACUUCGCUUUUGUUCGACCACCGCCUGGAAAAGGGCAGCAAGGAAAGGGUGCAAGAGGAAGGGGCGGCCGCGCACGAAGUCGGAGUCCAGGCGAGGGAAUAGACAGAGAUGACGGUCGGAGCGAUUAA